AUGAAUGGCACCGACAUGAAGAAGGCGGCCAUCAACAAGGCCAAGCAGGUCGCGCAGGCUGCCAACAGCAACGGCGGCAAGAAGCGACGGAAGGGCCAGGACCUCAAGCCCAUCAUCACCACGGAGAACCAGGGCAACCAGAACGCCUCGCCCGCAGGCUCGACGGGCUCCUUUCAGUACAAUGUGCAGAACGCCAACUCGCCGCUCGCCCAGCACAAGAUGUACGGAAACCAAUUAAGCCACUCGCCCGACUCGUCGUCGUCGUCGGUCGAUGAGGCCGAGAACACAGCCGACGAGGAGGACUCGGAGGACUACUGCAAGGGCGGCUACCACCCGGUGCAGGUCGGUGAGGAGUACAAGGACGGCAAGUACACGAUUGUGCGCAAGCUUGGGUGGGGCCAUUUCUCGACCGUCUGGCUGUCGAGGGAUAACACCAGCGGCAAGCACGUCGCCCUCAAGGUCGUGCGCUCCGCUGCGCACUACACAGAGACCGCCCUCGACGAGAUUAAGCUCCUCAAGAAGGUGGUCGACGCGAACGAGAACCACCCCGGCCGGAAACAUGUCGUCAGCCUCCUCGAUUCCUUCAACCACAAGGGCCCGAACGGCGUCCACGUCUGUAUGGUGUUUGAGGUGCUAGGAGAGAAUUUACUGGGCUUGAUCAAGAGGUGGAACCACCGCGGUAUACCAAUGCCGCUGGUCAAGCAGAUCACAAAGCAGGUCCUGCUGGGCCUCGACUACCUCCAUCGCGAAUGCGGCAUCAUCCACACCGACCUGAAGCCUGAGAAUGUCCUCAUCGAAAUCGGCGACGUCGAGCAGAUCGUAAAAACAUACGUAAAGGACGAACCGAAGAAGAAGGACAGCGAAGACAGCGUUAGAAACGGCAGGCGGAGACGGAGGACCCUCAUCACAGGCAGUCAGCCGCUCCCCAGCCCGCUCAACGCGAGCUUCAACCACGCCGAGCUCUCCAGCUUCCCCGGCAACACACAAAGUCUCAACAAAGUUAUGAGCGAGGGUACAGGUAAAGACUCCCCCACGACUAUCCCGAGUCCUCCUUCGUCAGACGGUGUCGUAAUGAGUGGUGCUCUAGCAACUCCAUCUGCCGGCCCCAGCCUGUCCAUGGCAGAACGGCUCGGAAUCAAGUCGAGCGACGACGACGCGCAAAAGCAACGAGAAAAGUCCGCUGAUCUCCUUACUAAGGAGGUAUCGGGCAUUAGCCUCGAUAAACCCAGCAGCUCGUCCGGAAAAACCGAGCUCGAGCAGCAAGUCGAAAACGCCUUCGAAACCAUAUCAGUCAAGAUUGCAGAUCUUGGAAACGCCUGCUGGGUUGGACAUCACUUUACCAACGACAUCCAGACCAGGCAAUAUAGGUCACCAGAAGUUAUCCUGGGUAGCAAAUGGGGUGCCAGUACCGAUGUCUGGAGUAUGGCCGCAAUGACAUUCGAAUUGAUCACCGGCGACUACCUCUUCGACCCACAAUCCGGCACCAAGUACGGCAAAGACGACGACCACAUAGCACAAAUCAUCGAGCUACUAGGCACCUUCCCGAAGGGUCUCUGCAUGUCGGGAAAGUGGUCACAGGAGAUAUUCAACCGCAAAGGCGAGCUGCGUAACAUUCACCGAUUACGACACUGGGCCCUUCCCGACGUCCUCCACGAGAAAUAUCAUUUCAGCUCAGAGGAGAGUAAGAAGAUUGCCGAUUUCCUGUUACCCAUGUUGGAACUACUACCCGUCGACCGCGCAAACGCGGGCGGAAUGGCAGGACACGAAUUCUUGAAAGACACAAAAGGCAUGGAGGGUGUGGAUUUGAAUAUCCCCGUUGGUAGCAAGGGCGAGGGCAUCGAGGGAUGGGCGACGGAAAUCAAGAAGACGCGGUAG